UGGGGGUGCGCCAGGAAGGGCGAUGGGGGCGGGGGGUAUUGGAGGGGCUCGGGCGCUGCGGGCUCCUCCUGCCGCCGGCCCGCCCCGGCCCGCCCCGCCCCGCCGGCCUGCGGCUGAGCCUCCGCAGCGCGAAGAUGGCGACGCGGGCGGGCGGGAGCCCGGCGCUGCGGCGGCUGCUGCGGGGACCCUGCCUGGCCCUGAGCGGAGCCCGGGGAUACUCCAGGGACAACGAGGGCAGCUGGUUCCGCUCACUCUUUGUCCACAAAGUGGAUCCCCGAACAGACGCUCAUUCCACACUCUUGUCAAAGAAAGAAACCAGCAACCUGUACAAGAUCCAGUUUCACAAUGUGAAGCCCGAAUGCCUGGACGCUUACAACAGCCUGACGGAGGAGGUGCUGCCCAGUCUGCACUCAGAUGCCGAUUACCCCUGUGACCUGGUUGGGAACUGGAACACGUGGUAUGGAGAACAGGACCAGGCAGUGCACUUGUGGCGCUUCUCCGGCGGGUACCCGGCACUCAUGGACUGUAUGAACAAAUUGAAACAGAACAAGGAGUACCUGGAGUUCCGCAAGGAGAGGAGUAAAAUGCUGCUGUCUCGCAGGAACCAGUUACUCCUGGAAUUCAGUUUCUGGAAUGAGCCUUUGCCCCGGGUCGGGCCCAACAUCUACGAGCUGAGAACAUACAAGCUAAAGCCAGGGACCAUGAUUGAGUGGGGGAAUAACUGGGCUCGGGCCAUUAAAUACCGUCAGAAAAACCAGGAAGCUGUGGGCGGGUUCUUCUCCCAGAUUGGAGAACUCUACGUGGUUCAUCACCUCUGGGCCUACAAGGACCUACAAUCCCGAGAGGAGACAAGGAACGCUGCCUGGAGGAAGCGAGGCUGGGAUGAGAAUGUGUACUAUACAGUCCCCCUGGUUCGGAACAUGGAGUCUCGGAUCAUGAUCCCACUGAAGAUCUCCCCCCUCCAGUGACUCCGCCAGCACAGGAGUCGGCGAACAGACAGGAGUGAGACUCGCUGGGGUGUCUCUGCAGUUCCCACAAAGAAAUCUGUCCCUCUUUCUGUCUCUCUCAGUUUGAGGCCAUGCUCUUAGCCCAGCUGCUUCCCUAUUCCCAGGCUGCUUGGCUCUGUCGGGAGCACAGUGGGACAUGGAUGAAGUUGGCUGAACCAGCACAAGGCUGCGCAUGGUUUCCUAUCUCUGGGUCCCCAGCUCUGUAUGAAUGGGCCAUGGAGACUGAACUCCUCUUUGCCCUAACGCUGCUCUGGGGAGGCCGCUGGGGACUGAGACAUGACCAUAGAGCGCAGCAUAGCUGAGCUAUAACCCUGUGGUGAGCAUAGUACAAACACUGAGCUAGCUAGUCCAAUGCUUGCUGCUCUCUGGGUGCUGAGGCAAUGUUCAGACAUCUGAAGUUUUAAGCCCCACUCCCCAGAAAGCCAUUCCUCCCACCACUUGGGGAGGGAGUGCUGCUGGUCUCCUUUCCAGCAUGCCACUGGGAGAGACCCUUCAUCAUGCCUUGUUGUCUGUUACCAUGACUAUCAGCACAUGGCUAGCCUGGUGUAGGGGAGAACGCCACCCCUCCUUCCUUGCCCAGGUUGGAAUUCCAGUUCCUGGCUGUGGUGUCCUGUUCCCAGCAAAUCUUGGCGAUAUCCUUGGGAACAGGAAGUCCUCCUGCCUGCUGAUGGAACCAGGCUGAACCGCCCCACAUCUGCUGAGCCAAGGCCUUCCUUUGUACGGAGGUGUAUGCUGGAAAGUGGCUGUGGAGCUCAGCAUGUCCUUUCCAUUACCCUUUCAUGUAAUGGUGCCCAGAUUCAAUUAACUGACACAAGUCCAAAGGCUUUUAUCUAGCAGCUGCUGUCCACUCCUGGCCUGACACCAUGGUACUGGGUGCUGGGAAGGUUCGAUAUGCAGGGUGGUGCAUCCUGGUGGCUUUGGUGGGAGCAGAGGGCAUGUAACAGCAGGCAAGAUUAAGACCUUGGUUCAGAAACUGCAAAUGAAGCGGAGUCCUUCUCCCCCUUCCAUUAUCCCUGUGAAUAACUGGAGUUUAGCUAACACUGGAUUAGAGAGGAGCCAUGUCUCUUUCUUGAAAACUUACUUUCUUCCUUGUGUGUGCAGCCCUCAGUUAUAGGGUGUUUGUACCUAUCCCCAGUGUGGAGGGGAGGGGGAGAGAGAGAGGGUAGCCUGAAUGAGUGGAGAGCUGCUCAUCAUUCUACAUGGGCCUUUCUGACAGAGGUCAAUUCCUCCUGUGUGUUAUUUAUCUUACUUAUGACUAACGGCUGUGUGGC